GUUAAGCAAGAUGUUGUAUAAUAUUGUUUAACUUUCAACCUUUCACGACAAUAUUCAAGACGAUGAUAUCACACUUGUGUUGACAUUUGAAACUUUUGCGCAUUUAUUCCCGCCGCCGUUUCAAACGCUACUUCGUGCAUUUUUACGGAGUGCGAGUCAAAACAAUAUCAUUUUUUGAAAUCAGGUUCAACUAUAUUAGUGAAAAAUUAAAUCUUCAUAAAGAAUGUGGGAGGUCAAGUCAUUUCUCGGAAUAUGGUCACUCAAAACAGGGGCCUUAUUUAGUGGCAUAGGCAGCAUUGUAUUGGCAAUCUUGACAAUCGUUGCACUAUUUACCAUAAAUGCCCACUGGAAUAUGAUAAUCAUCCCUCUAAGCAAAUUUGCAGUACAAAUUAUUUUCACCAUAUUCCUGUGCAUGACAAUUUUUUAUUCGGCUCUUAUGGUUGUCGGUGCAAUCAAGCGGAAAACAUUAUAUAUGCUUCCAUGGGUAACCUUGACUAUGGUUGCUAUUCCCGGAAUCCUGAUCAGUGUUCUUUACACAUCAAUUAUGUUUUUUAUUCAAAAGAGUAUUUUAGAAGGAGUAUUAUGUCUCAUAAUUGGUCUUAUCUUUAAUGUUUUCUGUGCCUAUGCGUGGCUCGUAACAAACAGCUACUACAGAAGAUUAAAACUUGAAAAAAUGAGUACAAAAAUUGGACCAUAUGGAAAACCGUAUACCUACCAACGUCCUUGAAAAUUAUAUUAAGUACAUAUCAUAAGAAGAUAGAUAAAAAAGAUAAUAUAUUCACAUUUAAAGUGUGCGGGUGCGAUAUUAAAUUAUCGCAUACACGAAUCAUCUCAUUUUUUUUAUACAUCAAGAAAAUGUGUGAAAAUAUCGAAAGGUUCCAAAGUAGUCAGAAAAAAAAUCAUUAUCGGUUCAAAUUUACCGAAAACGAAUACAUUGUCGAUGCAUAUUCAGGUUUCUCGUCCCACACACACUGUGAUGAUUCUAUAAGCGUAUACUCUUGCGAUUCCUUAUAUAUACAUAUUUAAAAGCGCUUCCCUAAAAGAAUGUGCUUACAUGUGUAAAAAUGUAACACAUUAACAUAGACUGUCUCUGCCUGUACUUUUACUUUUAUAAUGUUAUGUUCAUGUACAUAUAAUUUAUUAUUGACUAAGAUAAUGAAAGAUAAGAAAAUAAGAACUUUUUGAAACAUCGUAGGAAAAGCGCGCGCGAGUGUGCGUAGAGUAUUGCCCAAUAUGCAGCAGCUGCAACAACUGAAGCAAUAUUUACAUGGACAUCAUGGCCAAAAAUAUACCUUGGCGAGGGCAAGGCCGUUAAUGAAAGCCCAAUAUGAGAUGAGAUUCAUGACAAUGAUGACCAUAUUAGAGCACACCAAUGCUCAUUGGUUGAACCGCACUUAUAUUUCGCAAUGUCAGCCUCAUGCAUAUCCGUAUGCACAAUUACAUCAAAUACUCUGUUAUAUUCCAAAUAAAAAAAACCCUUUUAUUAUA